UUCGCCACUUCAGCAUUAUCCAGUGGACGGUGCGCUUCGUCUCUCCUUGAGAUAUUAGGAUUUUGUCAAAAAGUUUUAAACGAGAAAGGAAAUGGAGAUAAACGGCGGUCCUGCGAAUUCCGCUGUGAUUGCUGACAUAUCGUUCUCGUUUCAAGACGAACUGACUGCGACGCUGCAGAACGCGCUCGGUGUUGCGGUAGAGAUCGCCGUUGCGGAGAUCACCGGACUGCUGGACAGAGCGCUCCGAGACGUGCAGGGCAAGAUUCAAGAGGCUCUGCGGGACAACAGUGCGCUCAAGUUUAGGCUUCAAACAGCUGAAACACAACUUUCUAAUAUGUGUGGUCGUCUGAACCAACAGCCGCAGAGACUCGAAGAUUUCCCCGUCGGUAGUAACGUUAAUACGAGUCAGCUAGUGACAAACCCUUCCAGCUGCAGCAGGGCUCAGCGCGGGUGUCGACAGUUAAAUAACGUUACCCUUAAUGUCGGGCAACAAACCGAGUCCGCUGUGGACUCGGAUCAUGGUUACGAGGUAUGUGGAUCCAAGGAAACUAAUGCAUACCAGCGAGGGUUAGUCUGCGGGAACCCCCAUGGAGGCGCGUCUGCUCAGACUUUAAACGCGGAUUCGCUUGAAGAGUCAACCCACUAUGGCAUAGACGACAUAAAUGACAUCAAGAAUGAGCAACACAGUAUGACCAGUACUGAGCAAGCAUGUGCUGGGACAGCAACAAGUGUGCUGAGUGAGGAGUCUUCACUUGAAGUGGCUGUCAAGGUAGAGAAAGAGGAAGGUUAUGAUGACCCAAUCCCAGUGUCCAUCUCUGUAGUGGAGGAUCCUAACUCAGACAGCCUUUCUCUGGCUCAGUCUCGACUAAUGGAAGACUGGAGACCUGAGCCAUUGCAACCAGAGAGCUGCCAAUCAAACAUGCACUGCCAAUCCACCAACCAAACCCUAGACAUGGAUUUCCUUUCAUCCUCAAGCUCAGGCCAACAAUCCCACUUCCCAGUGCUCCACAACAACAUUCACAAGGGUCCAGAGCGCCAUGCAUUUCCCCCUAGGCGAAACCUGUAUCGCUGUGGCCUGUGCGGGCGAGACUUUAACCGUAAGCACCAUCUCAAGAUCCAUCAGAGGAUCCAUACAGGAGAGAGGCCGUACACGUGCUCCAUCUGCAGCGCGCGCUUCCGUCAUGCAUUGACACUCAAGCGCCACUCCCGCCUCCAUACGGGAGAAAAGCCUUAUGUUUGUGAUCAGUGUGGGAAAAAGUUUCGAAAUGAUGGUGGAUUGAAGGUCCAUCAGUGUUCAUGACAACAGUUGUAGAAAUGCACAAUUUAUGGUUGUCUUGUGUUGUGGGAUGAAUCCAAUAUAGGGAAACUAAAGGAACCAAAAGGUUAUUAAAGGGAUAGUUCACCCAAAAUUGACAACUCUGUAAUCAUUUGCUCACCCUCAUAUUGUUCCGAAUGACUUUGGUUAUUUUUUUAAAAAUACAAAUUAAGAUAUUUUUAAUGAAACCUGAGAGCUGUUCCUCCAUUAAAAGCCCAGGUAACCAAAACUUGCAAGAACCAAAAUGGAGUUUUAAAAAUGAAUCCUUAUAAAUCGCUUUUUUAUGAUGACGCACAUAUCAACACGCAUACAUAGAACAUCACGUUUGGUAAACACAAGCUCAAAAUGUGUGUGAUGCGCAGGAAUCAAUGAGGUUUGUUGUAGCUUGUGACACAUACACAAGCUUCCAUGUUUACCAUAUGUAUGUGCAUUUAUAUAUUUAAUCCACAAAAGAUGGAUUAAACUGCUUGAUUCAUAUGGAUUUGUUUUACAAUGGCUUUGUGACCUGAUCUUCUGAGUUUUAGUUACCUAGACUUUAAGUGGACGGACAACACGUCUUAUUAAAAACAUCUUAGUUUGUGUUUCAAAGAUUAACCAAAGUGUUAUUGGUCUGAAAUGACAUGAGGGGGAAAAAUUAUUUACAUUUUUGGGUGAACAGUCCCUGUAAAUUUAUAUUCUCAGAUUUAGCCCAGAAAUGGCUGUCCCUGCUUUAGAUAAAACAAAGCAUCUGUUAAAUGGAUGUUGAUUAUAUCUUAAUGCCUUUCAGAAAUCUCUUUCUUUUCCUAAGAUUUAAAGUGCCUGACAGUAGGACCCUGAAUCUGAACAAUACUGAAUCUGUGCAAGACUUUAAUAUAAAUAGUUAGAUUAAAUCUCCGCACCAGAUUAUUGAUUCCAGUCUCUUUACCAGAUCCUGUAAAUAAACAUCUGUUUUGUCUGUUGUCCAGAAUUGUCAGCUGAGUUUCAAAAUUAUAUUUUGUAUUUAAACCAAAACCUUCUAACUAAAACUCUUAUAUCAGCUUGAGAAGUUGAGAGAGGAACGAUGUGAAUAGCCGAAAGUAUGAACUGAAGUGAUGAUAAAAAAUGAGCAAGGUUUAUAUAAUAAUCUAACGGCUGUCCACCGGCUGUUUACUCCUGACAUCUGAGCCACUAAAGAUGCGGUGGAUUAUUUGUUUGUUUGUGAAGGGAAUGUGCCUCCCGAUCUACAUACAUGCGUCUAUGUUCGCAAAUCAUUCGUGAUCCAGCUUCACCUACAGCAGAAAUGAGUAUAAGCUUUUUAUGAAUGUCUACAAUCACCUUUCCUAAUAACGUGCUAGUUAGCAAGUUUCACGGCUAAACACGACUAAAGUAAACAAUCUCUCAGAGCACAGCUCAUCACCUACAGAGGAAAAGAGGGCGGGGAGAGCAGAGCUCAUUUGCAUUUAAAGAAACAAUCCAUCAGAAUGGGUUGAUUUUUGCAGAGCUCAUUUUGACAGUGGAAAAAAGGGUGUUGUUUUACACAACCAUUUAGAAUUUUUAACCAAAGUAUAUUAUAGACGUUUCAUUAAGACUCUAAAGAAUCAUAUCAACUUGGAAAAUGGACAUCCGAUGACCCCUUUAAGCGCUUUAAGCCAUGCACGUUUUCUUUUGUCAUCAUUUUGCAUAAUCAUGCAUAACAGAUUUACUGGUAUGCAAAACACGUACUUUAAAGGAAUUCCUUAAGCUUAUUGCUGUUAGUGUGACAGCCAACAACAGCACAGCUUAAUCCUGUGCACAUUUUUAUAUUUAGAUAUAUUGAAAAGGUUUGGGAUAAUUAAAUCAGUUGAUCUUUUUUAACCCGUUUUAAUAAGGAUUUCUAUAGAGACCGGAAUAGUGUUGCACGAUAUACCGGUACUUAAAAAGUAUUGCGAUACCCUGCUAAAAAUGGUACGUGUCCGCAUUUUACUUUUACCGAUACUUGAAGAAUGCAUUUCAAUAAGAGCCGUUUUUCUGCGUGUCUGUGUUAGUGAAUGGCAGUUUUGUUUACUAACGUUACACACAUACGCAUGACACUCGCGGUGUUUUCAGCCUCUGCCGCCUCAAUAUAUGAGUACAUGAACACAUAAACAUGAUCUCUAGAACUGCUCUGUCACUUCUUGAGCAUUUUACCGUUUCUUUUGCGAAAACACUCAUAUAAUGAAGAUCCUAAAGGUCUUUACAGCAACCCGUCAAAAUAAAUAGCUAGAAUGUAUUAAUAUGUUAUUUAAUGUAAAGAUAUAGUACUACUACUAGUAAUAAAAAUAUUAUUAAAACAAUGUUUAAGAAAUAUUUACCAGAAAAUUGUAAAUACACAACACAGUAUUUCUGAAAAAAAGAAAGAAA